UGCACAUUGAACCUCAGCUUACUACACAAAAUGGCAGACAACAUAACAGAAAAUGAAUCAAGAGAACUAUAUCAUUUCAUGUGUCAUCAUAUAGUUGGAACAGAAGAUCAUGUUAAACAAAUAAGGUUGUUAAACGCAGCAAGGGAUAAUUUGACAUAUAACGAGUCAAUAAGAACUAUUACAAGCGGAAGUUUUGGAGAAGGACUUCAGCUGCGAGGUAGUGAUAUAGAUAUUAUGUUUGUUCAGAAAUGUUCGGAGGUUUAUGAUGUUAAACCCCGUUUCCAUCCAAGUAUGUAUUAUCUGAUUAUGGAUACAAACAAUGUUAAACCCGGAUUUACUCAGUUGAGACUAGAAUAUAGCAGUAGACAGACUUUACUUGACAACAGUGUACAAAUUGCUGAUAAUAAUUAUUUAUCCAGCACAUUAUGGAAACAGCAGUGGCUGCCAGUUGGCGAAGAAUAUACAAUUCAUGGGCCAUGCAUAUUCAACAAACAAGAAGUAUUUGACAUUGCCGGAUGCUUACAUUGUAGAUCCUGGGUAGCACCUGCAAUAAAUUGGAUAAAAAGAUCUAAUAACACAUGGCCAAGUUGUGAUGCCAAACAAAGUGUCAUUAAACACGGAGUACUGUUUGUACCAAUCGGGGUAAAGGAUUCAUCAACAGAGGAUCUGGAAUGGAGAAUAUCAUUUUCGAUUGCUAGAAAACUUUUAAUACAUACCUUCAUAGACACUCAAUUAUUAUGCUAUGCUCUAAUGAAAAUUCUUUUGAAAGAUGUAAUAGCUAAGAACCCUGCAUGUAAAGAAUUACUCUGCUCUUAUUUCAUAAAAACGAUUGUUUUCUGGAUUUCUGAAGAAAUGCCACAAUCCGCAUGGAGACCUGACACAUUCAUACCUUGUUUUAUGCAAUGUUUUAGCAGACUCAUUUAUUGCGUUGAGUAUUCAGUUUGUUUGCAUUACUUCAUCCCAGAGAACAAUAUGUUUGAGAAUAAAAUUGAGGGUCUUGCUCGUAAAAUACUUUUAAAAACACUAUAUGAAUUGCAGAGGUACGGUUGGCGAUGUAUUUCAUUGUCAGAUCAAGUAUCCAAAUUUUUUAAACCAAUGCAGUAUUUCAACACGGAACAGAACCCAUUGUAUACAUGGCAUAUACAUGAUGUUGGGAAAACACCGGAUUCCUCAUUAUUGCAUUUGGCAUAUUCUAUUUUCCUUUCUAAAUUCCAAAUAUUGCAGCGAUUUAAUCAAGGGAUACAACAUACAGUUUCAUGCAACAAAUCUUCAAUUCAAUACUUAUAUAUACACUACAUGUCAUUGAUCUGUUCCAUUCGUGCCCAGUGUACCCCACUUAACAGUGCUUACAGUAAUGAUAAAUACCGAUACCGACAUGUCUUUGUACACUUCUACAAAAUAUAUAUCAUGACGCUGUUUCUGGAUGGCUUAUGUUAG